AUGCUUCAGUUUAAACGUCCAGGUAACUGGCUGUUCAUAGUACCCUGGAUUGCAUUCAUCCCAUGGUACGGUAUGCUGAUUGCCAUGCUUAUUUGCUGGGCUAGCCAAGGCCAUCCCUUAUAUUGGUUCAUGCACACAGAACAAUUUCCCAUAUACAUCUCAGAUAUAGGAGCAACUAACUUAAGACCUUUAUUCAUAUCAUGCGCCGGUUGGCAGGGCCUGGGCUACGUAGUCACCAUUGCCCUCGAGUUUUUUCAGAGAUCCGGUUACUUACCUUUUCAAUUGAAGAAUAACGACUCCUCUAUCUCUGAUUCCACGUCUUAUGCUGAAAAAUUGCAUAGUGGCAAAUACUUGAUGCCUCCAUACUACACAAAACAUGAACGGAACCUGAUCUUUGCCGCUUUCGUUCUCGGCGGCAUUGGUCAGCUAGCUCUUUUAUUCUGCUCCAUCUUCUCAACCGCUCUAUACCAUCGCGUUCACAUUGCUAUGGUCUCCGUCUUCGUCGUCUUCAUGUUUCUGUCCGUUUGCUGCUUGAUUGCGGAGUAUUUCCUCAUGGGAAGGCAUUAUGCUUCUGUUCAUCCGCUGGCCAGCCCUCAUUUCAACCCUCAAUCCUCUGAAAAAAGCUUCAAUCAAAGUUAUAAUACGAUAGACGACUUGCCUUGGUACAAAUGGGAAGGCCACAUCUGGAACAAAUUUACCAUCAGUGCCACUCUAAAAGUCAUAUGGUUAACCCUAGCUGUUGUUUGGGCUGUUUGUUUCGGUGCCAUCAAUGACAGUUCUAAGAGUGCUUGUUUUGAAUGGUUGUUGGCAUUUUGGCUUGGUAUCAUAUUUAUAAUUCUUUCUGUUGAUUUUUACAUGGGUGGAAGAUACAGGCACUCUCGCUAUUUCAACCACGUGGAAUCAUUUUCCGGUUAUUACAAGUAUGACAAGGCGCUGGGCUUUUACCGUAGUGAAGAAGUUUUACCUUCGGACGAUAACGGCGACGUGAUUACUACUGAAAUAGCAUCUUCAAACAAUUCCACAUCUAAUGAAUCUUUCCAAGUGGUUGUAUGA